AUGCCCGACUCACUGUUUAAUAUUUUAACCACAAAUGCCGUGGAUCUACAGCGGCUUCUAGCGGACAACAAGCUCACCAGCGUCCAGAUUGUCCAACAGUGCUUGGACCAAAUAGAUCGCCAUGAAUCAGCUCUUAAUGCCCUCAUCUCCCCCGCACCCCGCGAUAAAGUGUUGCGCGCUGCUGCGGCCUUGGAUGAAGAGCGCAGCAGUGGCAGCGUACGUGGUCCAUUUCACGGAAUCCCGAUUGUCCUCAAGGACAGCUUCAUCACCGCUUCCAAUCUUGGGAUGAGCAACACCGCAGGAUCAUGGGCGUUUGUCGGGGCCAGGGCCAGCAAAAACUCUGCCAUUGCGCAGUUGCUGAUAGAUGCUGGUCUAAUAAUCAUAGGAAAGGCUAAUAUGACGGAGUUUGCUGGCAUGAAAACGACAAAGAUGAUGCCGGGAUGGUCCAGCCAUGGCGGCCAAACAUUAUCUCCCUACGUGGGCAAGAUUGAAGAAAAUGAAACCUUACUAGGACACUCGGCCCCAGGAGGAUCCUCCACCGGCUCUGCAGUUGCUGUGGCAGCUGGCUUUAGUCCUCUAGCAAUGGGCACAGAAACAAUCGGAUCCAUCAUCACCCCUUCGACGCGUGCCGGCCUCUACUCUCUCAAAGUUACAACUGGCGCUCUGGAUACCACUGGUACAUACUCAAUGACGGACUUCUUUGACAGCGUAGGACCCAUGGCAAAGAGCUCCGCAGACGUGCGAACAAUGGCCGAGAUUCUACUACAACGCACUUUUAAUUCUCCAGAUUUCGGAUCUUGGAAAGGAUUAUCCGUCGGAUUUCUGGACCCCAACGUGUGGAAAAUGGCGAAGGAGAUGUGCCCGCCUCACGAAGGCACUGCAGAACAAAUGGUGGAAGACUACGAAAACGUCGUCAAACUCCUUCAGAAAGAUGGCUGCUCGUUGAAAUACCCUGUCAAAAUUGCUGACGUCGAUGAGUUGACUGUGAAUGGAGAAGACGCCAUCAUGCCCAUCGCAUUCUGGGAAUUUAAAAACGUAGGCAUACUCCGCUUCAUCGAGUCGUUUGACGAAUGCCCAGUCCGCAGUGCAGAGGAUAUUGUCAAAUUCAACAAAGAAAACAGCGAAAAAACAAUGCCCCCGCCAUUCACCGAACAAGGCGAUCUCGAAAAAACUCUCGGCUGCAACGACGACCCAGCAAAGAUUGAGGGGUUACGAAAGGGGCUCCGACAGGUAGGCCAACAGAUAAUCAGCACUGCCUUCGACACCCAGGGCGUGAACCUUAUCGUGGCUCCCGGCGAUAGUUCUCUGUGUAUACACGCGGCCGCAGCAGGUUAUCCACUCGCAACGGUGCCUGUCGGUCAAUUGCGUUACAACGGACGACCAUUUGGCUUGUGUAUAUUGGCUAGAGCAAACGAAGAAGAGCUAUUAUUGCGUUUCAUGGCGGCAUACGAGGCAGUUGCUGCGCCUCGUCCGGUGCCGAACCUGUAA